CUGUUUCUUCGCAUGCUCGCAUGAAUGUAGAGUUUUGCACGAGUUCUUCUUCGUCGCUGUUGGACUUCGCUCCUUAGAUGACGUUCCCUUCGUGUUGGAUCGGAAGUUACGACAUUUUUCGAUCGGAAGCAACAACGGGAGCUCGCUUGCUGUGAAGGUAACUUUCUCCCUUUUGCGCGCUUCAUCGGCCAAAUUCCGUAAAUCUGCCGAACCAAAGGAUUUCGUAAAUCUGGGAUUUACCACGAAAAGAGGGAAUUUUCUGCCUACAGCGGGUUUCAUUUACCAUGAGAUUUGGUUUUGCAUUUUAGGCCGUUUCGCUGGAUUUCGCUCAAAUCCGCCUCAAAUCCGGCCUAAAUCCUGCUACCAAACAGCCCCUAGGAGUUGCACCACAAUGUGGAGAAACGCCGUGAUGAGGAGUCUCAAUCUCCUCUCCUCUCGCAGUGCAAACCGUAACACUAAUCUUACUCCUGUCUCCUGCUUUGCCCAUUCUUCAAUUGCACCCUUCCUUGCCCCUUCCUCCUCCUUCGGCUACCGGUCUGUAGGGCUUGGGAGCUGUCUACUCCAAUUUUCUGAAAUCCACUCUGCGGCAGAUCCGCGGAAGCCGGGGAUCGGAAAGCUUUCUAUCGGAAGGAGAGCAUUUAUAGGCUCAGCCGCAGUCGCCGCUGAUUCCUCGGCUGAGUCGACGGUGGUGUUGGGAUCUCUGGGGUCCACUCCGGCGUUUCUAUUCCAGAAGGCAAGGGGCAUCUAUGAUGUUUUCAAUCACUAUGGACGGUGCUACUGGGAGCUCUCCAAAGCUCGUCUCAGCAUGCUUGUGGUUGCAACUUCCGGAGCAGGUUAUGUUCUGGGGAGUGGUCAUGUUAUAGACUUUCCUGGCCUUUGUUGUACUUGUGCUGGGACCAUGAUGGUUGCUGCUUCCGCUAACACCUUAAAUCAGGUUUUUGAGGUACAAAAUGACGCUAAAAUGAAACGAACAAGGCUGAGACCCCUACCUUCUGGUCGGAUUACUAUUCCUCAUGCAGUUAUGUGGGCCUCUAGUAUGGGUUUUGCUGGCGCAACUUUGUUAGCUUGGAAGGCUAAUUACUUGGCUGCUGGGCUUGCGGCUAGCAAUCUAUUUCUUUAUGCUUUUCUUUACACCCCCUUAAAACAAAUACAUCCAGUUAAUACAUGGGUUGGAGCAGUUGUUGGUGCCAUUCCUCCACUUCUUGGGUGGGCUGCUGCUUCUGGUGAGGUUUCACUCAAUGCAUUGCUUCUUCCAGCUGCUUUAUAUUUUUGGCAGAUACCUCAUUUUAUGGCCCUUGCCUACUUGUGUCGGAAUGACUAUGUUUCUGGAGGGUUCCGGAUGCUUUCUUUUGCUGAUGUUUCUGGUUGGAGAACUUCAUGGGUUUCUUUACGGAACUGCCUCUAUCUGCUUCCCUUGGGAUUUCUAGCUUAUGAUUGGGGCAUCACUUCCAAAUGGUUUGCUCUAGAAUCUUCUCUCAUCACAUUGUUCAUGGGCACGGCAGCUUUGCUAUUUGUUCGUGAGAGAACGGCCAAAACUGCCAGGAGGAUGUUCCAUGCAAGCCUUCUCUAUCUUCCAGUCUUUAUGUCUGGAAUGCUUUUGCAUAGAUUGCCUAGAACUGAAGAUGAACCUUUAAUUGUUGAAUCAAGUCCAACUGAGAAACUUUUGAUUUAUGAGAGUGAAGAAUCCAUGAAUGAUGAAAGGAAAGUUCAAGCCACUUAUUCUCGAGCCGCUCGACCGCCUGUAGCAUAUGCGUCGGCUGCUCCCUUCCCUUUCCUGCCAGCUCCAAUUUAUGUAUCUACAAGCUUGUGAGUUAUAGCUUGAAUUUUAUGCUUUUCCAGCCAGUUUUGUGAUCAAGUUUAAGCUUUGUUUGGGAUGACGUUUUUACUGUUUUUUAAAGCAGUUUUUUAGUAUAAAAAAUUUAAUUUUUAAACUAAAAAUUGUUUUAAAAAUCAAUAAAAAAUCGUCCCAAAUGAUUCCUUAAUCAACGAGUUUUUCUGCUCAAAAGACCAUAGGUUGUCUAGUGUGUUGAAUAAGUGUAAUAAUGUCUCAUCGUGAGCCACUUGAUAAAACAUGUUCAUAUUCCCAUAAAGAAGGAAAUUUGUUUCCUGUACUUGGUUUUGGA